UUGCCUUCGGCAUUCUCAUUGUAACUUGCGAGUCUUCAAGGGUUUUUUUUUGGUUAGGGCUUUCGACAUUCAAUUUCUUCCUUCCCUCGAUCGUCAAUGGCUGCCUCCAAUGCACGCGAUCCCAUCACUGUCACCCCUCCCAACUCUCAGAUCGACAAAGAUAUCCCUGGACUGGACAAUUGUAUCCCACUUUCACCUCAAUGGCUUCAACCUAAGCCAGGAGAGAAUAAGAGUGUGAUGUCACCAGGGAAAAAUCGUCCUAGUCCUUUCAUGGUGUGCAGUGGUCGCUCAAAUUUCAUCAAUUCUCCAGGACCUGGUGAGGAGAUACAUGAGAACCAGAAGAAAAAAGAUGUUUUCAGACCAACUUUUCUUGAUGCAGAAUCUGGGCGCCACGAUCGUUGGCGUGAUGAAGAAAGGGACACCAAUCCUUCAGCUCGCAGAGAUCGUUGGAGGAACGGAGAAAAAGAAAUGGAUGAUGGGCGGAAAAUUGACCGGUGGGUUGAUAACUCGUCCGCUAUGCAUUUUGGAGAAGCACGUCGAGCUUCAUCCAUCAGAUGGGUUGAUCCAAGCAGAGAGAAUAGUAAUGUUCAGCGUCGUGAGAGUAAGUGGAACUCACGCUGGGGUCCAAAUGAUAAAGAGGUGGAUAAGUGGAAUGAUGUUGGGAUUCAUGGUGAUGUGCCUCAUGAAAUAGGGCUGCCACAUGUAUCUAAUUAUGGGAAGGACGAGAAGGUAGCUAGUCAUGGGAAGGAUGAGAGGGAUGAUCAACAUAGACCAUGGAGACCUAACUUUUUGCAAAGUCGUGCAAAAGCAGAGCCUCCAAGUCAACAAACUCAAUUAAUAAGCAAAGAAGGCCCUGCAUUUGGCCAUGGAAGAGGUCGUGGAAGGGUCAAUUUUGGUUCAGGGAGUAGUAAUAACUACUCUGUUCAUUCUCGAUCAGGUUUUAAUUCUGACCAAGGUGACAAUGGUCAUGGAGAACCUUGUCCUUUCAGAUAUAAUAGGACAAAGUUGCUUGAUAUUUACCAGCUGACUGAUUUAAGAUCUUCAAAGAACAUACUGGAUGGAUUGUUGCAAGUCUCCUCUCUCACUCAGGAAGAACCUUUGGAACCUCUGUCACUUUUUGCACCUUCACCUGAAGAAUUAGCUAUUUUGAAUGGAAUUGACAAGGGAGAUAUAGUAAGCAGUGGUGCACCCCAGAUCUCUAAGGAUGGAUCUGCUGGACGAAGCUCAAAUGAUUUUGUGCAAUCCAGACGAAUGAAACAUGGGAGUAGAGAUGCUGUAUCUAUUUCUCUUGACGAUGGAAAUGAUAAACUUGACCAUGCUAAGGGUACUUGCACAAAAACUUCAGAGUCCUCGUCUUAUGAUAAGCAAAUGCCUGCAUAUGGCUACAAUAUUUCAAUUGAUGCCAAUGAAAGUCACCAGAUGCACUCGGAUAAUAAGUUUAGAGUUGCAGGUACCAGAGACAAUGAUACUGUUUCAAUGAAGGGUGAUGAAGUCACAGAUUGUAAAGAUUCUGCUGUUAUGGGCCGUGUUUGUACUCAGUCUGGAAUUCCAUGGCGGUCACCUUCCGUUGAACAGCGUAUAAGCACGCAGCCACGUGAUUGGUUUGACGCUCCAAGUGAUAUUCACUCCAGAAGCUCUGACAUCAAUUGCAAUGAACUCAAAUGGAAAAUUGGUGAAGAUACUGCUGCCAGGAAACAUCCUGCUGUUGAUGGGGAGCAAGAAUCAAGGAAGCUUGUGCACUCUUCACCAGAGGACUUAUUGCUUUAUUACAAAGAUCCACAAGGUCAAAUUCAGGGUCCUUUCUCCGGCACUGAUAUGAUUGGGUGGUUUGAAGCUGGAUAUUUUGGCAUAGAUUUGCAAGUUCAGCCGGUGAAUGCUCCAAAAGACUCGGCAUUUUCCUUACUCGGUGAUGUGAUGCCCCACUUACGAGCUAAAGCAAGGCCACCACCUGGAUUUAACACUACAAAGCAGAAUGAAGUAACUGAGCUGUCUAGUAGGACAAACAUAAGUGGGCUUGGGAAGAUUUUUUCUGAUUCCAGUAGUGUGGAUUUGCUUGCGAAUGAGCACAGACAUACUCAGGGGUUAUCAACUGAAGCGGAGAACAGAUUUAUAGAGUCAUUGAUGACUGGAGAUGUCAGCCGUUCUCUAGAGAAAUUAACCUCCACAGAAGGUUUGCAGGGUUUUGUUGGACAAACUUUGAGUAAUAUCCCUCCCUUGGAAACCGAAAGUGGAAAUGCUCUGAACAUGUUGACCCAAAGAGUAAGCCUUGAACGUCAAAAAUCCUUGACUCAUCCUUAUCCGUAUUGGCCAACAAGAGACGGGGCCCCUUUUGUUCCAGCCUCUGACUUUGUUAGGAGCUCCCCUUUGCCACAUGCAAAUCUUCCUUCUACUAUUGGUGAUAUACCUCGGCAAGUUCUUUCUCAGAAUGUUGAGAUGAUGUCCAUUCUUCAAGGAUUAUCUGACAAGUCUUCUAGUGGAAUGAACGAUAGCCUUGGUGGUCGGCCAAAUUUCUCUGGACAAGGCAAUAUUGAUCCAUUUAAAGAUAAAACUGACUUGCAUCACUUGCAAAAUUUUCCUCGAGCGGCAUAUGGAAUACCGCAGCCUAAGCUACAGCAACAAAAUCAACCGUCAAUAACUAAUUUACAUUCGCAAACUUUGGAUAGUUCAACCGUUGUUCCUCCUGACAAGCUACUUGCAUCUGGUCUUACGCAAGACCCUCAAGUAUUGAAUCUGUUACAACAGCAGUAUAUGCUGCACUUACAUUCUCAACAGCCAGCUCCAAGCCAACAGUUGUCAUUAUUGGACAAGAUCCUAUUGCUUAAGCAGCAACAAAAACAGGAGGAGCAACAACAGUUGAUGCGCCUGCAACAGCAAUUGCUUUCUCAGGUUCUAUCAGAUCAGCAGAUUAUUCAAAGUUUUGGAGAUCCAGCAUUUGGACAAUUACAGUCCUCAGUGCCAUCUGUUGACCAUUCAGUUCCUCAGCACCCUCCUUUGUUUCAAUUUAACUCUCAACCAUUUGUUCCGGGUAUGCUAGACGCUAAAACGGCCACCAUGGCCCCACAAAUUUCCCAGGAUUUGCAUCAUACAGUUCCUACUGAGGCCUCAACUUUGCAUCUACCUCAUCACCUGUUAGGAAAUCUUCAGCAUAAUCGGUCCUCUAUGUCGACACAUUUUGACAACAUCAAGAAUAAUGAUUUAUCAUCUUUAUCAAAAAUGAUGGACAGUUUAGCUACCUCUGAAGCAAUGGAGAAAUCUCAGAGUGCUUCUGCAUUGGAGAAUUCUGCUUCUGACGUUUUGACACAAUCUUCAAUAGGCCAGGUGGUAGAGAACAACUUACAGACAGUACUUCCUACAUCAGUUGUGGACUCAGGCAUCAAUGUUAGGGUUUCUGACCCCGCAUCUUUUGACUUGUCUGACUCAUCUGUGUGUAAAUCAUCCAUGGGCUCUCAGGAGAAUGAGAUCUUGAGUUCUGAGAGAACGAAUGAUGCUGAGCCUUCACCUGCAGUUACUCUUAAGGAAACAUCUGUUAAGGAGUGCCAUGAAGAGGUACCAGUAACUAAAGAAGUAAAGAAUGUUGAAGUACGUGAAGUUAAGAAAAAUAAUGAUAAGAAGUCAAGAAAGCAAAAGUCUUCCAAGGCACAACCAUCUCCAGACCAGGCAAAAGGCGCGUCCAAAGCUUCCACUCAUAAAUUGAAGUACUCUGAAGCUGAAAUAGGUGCUUUAGAAAUGUCUGUAACUUCUGAAGGAACCUUGGAUGGGAGGUCUGUGGAGAUAGUUAGAGAAAACAACUAUUCUCGAGACAGCAAUCGCUCUACAUCAACAAAUCUGUAUGUUGGUGCUUCUGAAUCUGUGGAGGCCAAAGGUGAGCGGAAGCAGAGUGAUGUCAUUGCACAACCAAGUGAUCAAGUAAAUUGUUCUUCACAGAGAGCUUGGAAACCCGCCAUUUGUGUGAAGCCCAAGUCACUAAUAGAAAUUCAACAGGAAGAGCAAACGAAGGCUCUGGAAAUCCCUGCUUGUUCUGUUUCUACUUCUGUUAGUCCUUUGAGUUUCUCAUCUCCUUGGGCCGGAAUUGUUCCCAAUGCUGAACUUAAAGUAUCUGGAGAUGCUCGUCAUUUUAGUACUAUUAGCGAUCAUAAUUUGGGGAAAACAGAGUUAUCAAAAAGCAAGAGUGGACUACAUGAUCUUUUGGCGGCCGAAGUUUUAGCCAAGUCUAGUGACAGAAGUGUCGAGGUCUCCGACAAUACUUUAAGUCUCCCACCACUACCUACAUUGCCUAGUCAGGGGGUGGUUGAUGAUGGGAGUUUCAUCGAGGCUAAAGAUACCAGGAAGAGUCGUAAGAAAGCUGCAAAGGCGAAAGCUGCUGAGGCGAAAAUUGCUGGGGCCAAAGUUUCAGCAGUUGUUUCUUCUGCUGAUGGGAUAGUGGCAUCAAGUCCUGGUGAGAAAGGAAAAUUUUCUAAACUUGUGCAAGCUUAUAAGGAAGUUUUUCGAGCACCACCAUCUGGUCCAUCUCUUGGAGACUUUGUACCUUGGAAGGGUGAAUCAACUAGUCCUUCUCCUGGUCCUGCAUGGUCUACAGAUGCCGGGAAGUUUCCCAAACCCACCUCUUUGAGGGACAUCUUGAAAGAACAGGAGAAGGUGAUACCAGUUCCGCAGUCACAGAUAUCAACUCCUCAAAAGCCUCAAUCUACUCAGGUGCAUCCGGGUUCUUUGUCAGUUUCGGCAUCAUCACCAUCAAAAGCUGCAUCUCCUGUUCAGAUCCAUCCUCAACUUUCUUCACAAUCGAAGCAUAAAGGAGAAUAUGAUUUGUUCUGGGGUCCACCUGAUCAAUUAAAGCAAGAAACAAAACAGGAUGUUUUUCCUCAGCUCAAUGACCAAGGGAGUUGGGCAACCAAAAGUACUCCUGCAAAGGGAACACCUGGAGCUAGUAUUAGACGACAGAAGUCUGCUGGUGGGAGGAUUCUGGAGCUUUAUACUUCAUGUUCACCUUCCUCUGGACAAGUGUCUGUAAAAAGCAAACGAGAUGGCAAUUCGAAGCAUUUGGAGGCAAUGGAUUUCAGAGAAUGGUGCGAGAAUGAAUCAGUUCGGCUUACUGGAAGCAAGGACACAAGUUUCCUGGAAUUUUGCUUGAAGCAGUCGAGAUCUGAAGCCGAGUCACUUCUUAUAGAAAAUCUCGGAUCUUUUGAUCCAAAUCAUGAAUUCAUUGAGAAGUUUUUGAAUUACAUGGAGUUGCUGUCAGUAGAUGUGCUGGAGCUCGCCUUUCUAAGUCGGAAUGAUCUGAAGGCCUACAGUAAUGUAGCCAGAGACAUGAAUUCUGACAAUUCUGGCUCUGGACGUUUAGACCGAGAUGGUGUUGUAGGUAAUGAUGGGUCUGCUAAAGGAGGGAAAAAGAAGGGGAAGAAAGGAAAGAAGGUUAGCUCCUCUGUUUUGGGGUUCAAUGUUGUGAGCAACCGCAUUAUGAUGGGUGAGAUCCAAACUUUAGAAGACUAGGAGAGGUGCUAGUUUUGUAAAUACAUUACAUUGUCUGGACUAUGUAAAUGAUUUUCCUUUAUGGCUUUUUGUUCCUCUCCAUUAUAGAGCGACAUUUUUUCGGCUCAAGCAAUUUUGUGUACUAGUAUUUUGUCGGCGCAAUUUAUCUAUGUGGCUUCGUAGAGAACUAACAAGCUUUUUACCCGAUCCAGCUAAACAAACUUCCUGAUUUUUGGCUUAA